AUGGGCGCCGAAAUCGAUCGGGACCUCGCGACGCAGUGGCUCUACCCAAGCAACUACCCCGUGCGAGCGUACCAGCAAUCGAUCUCCCGUGCUGCGUUGUAUCAAAACACGCUCGUGUGUUUGCCCACGGGCCUCGGGAAGACACUCAUUGCUGCCGUCGUCAUGUACAACUUUCACCGGUGGUUUCCGCGCGGCAAAAUCGUGUUCAUGGCGCCAACAAAGCCGCUCGUGAGCCAACAGAUCCAAGCUUGCCAUGAUGUGAUGCCGAUCCCCCAGCACGACAUGGCCGAGCUCCAGGGCAACGUUGCCCCGUCGAAACGCAAAGCGCUCUGGGCCACGAAACGCGUCUUCUUUUGCACGCCUCAGAGCAUGCAAAACGACAUUGAGCGCGGCAACUGCGACGUCCGGUCCUUUGUCUGUGUCGUCGUCGAUGAAGCCCACCGCGCGACGGGAAAUUAUGCGUACUUGACGGUGAUCAAGGCGAUUGCUGCCAAGAUAUCUGGCUUUCGCGUUCUCGCCCUGUCGGCCACACCAGGGGCCAAGUUUGAUGUCAUUCAAGACGUGAUAUCCAACCUGCGCAUCUCGCACAUCGAGUGCAAGAACGCCGACGACCCCGACGUCCGGAUGUACACUCAUUCGAGGCAAGAAGAGAUCAUCCGGUGCAAGAUGAACACCGAAGUCACAGAGGUUCGAACGCAAUACAUCAAGUUGUUCCAGCCGAUUCUGCAUCGCUUGUGCAGCAGUCAGGUGCUACACAUUCGCGACCCCGAAAAACUCAGUCGAUGGAUCGUGAUCACAUCGCGCGACAAGAUGCGGGCGAACCCGAAUGGCGGCCGACCGUACCGCACCGCGGAAGCCGACCUGGCCUUGCUGAUCAGCCUUCUCCACGGCAAAGACAUUUUGAACGUGCAUGGGAUCGGGAAUUUCACUGCAUUUUUGGACAAAUUUACCAACGAAAACUUUUCAGGACCCAAGAAAUUGGUCGUCGAGUCGCCUGAGUUUGCCCACCUCCAGGCUCUCGUCCAUGCCCAAACUGGCGGCGGUCGGGCGGCGGCCAACAACCCAAAGCUCGUGCAGCUGCAGCACGUCCUGUCGGAACACUUUACGCGGCACAAACAGGGCGGGUCGAGCACGCGAUGCAUCGUGUUCACGCAGUAUCGGGAAAGUGUGACGGAAAUCGUGGCGCUGCUGGCCACGAUGGCGCCGUUGAUCAAGGUACAACAAUUUAUUGGACAAGGCACGAGCAAAGGCAAGGAAGGGAAAGGCCAGACGCAAAAACAGCAGCAGGAAAUCGUCGCCAAGUUUCGCGAUGGCCAUUUCAACGUGCUCGUCGCGACGUGCAUUGCCGAGGAGGGCCUGGACAUUGGCGAAGUUGACUUGAUCGUGUCGUUCGACUGCCUGACGUCGCCCGUUCGCAUGAUUCAACGGAUGGGACGCACGGGUCGCAAGCGCGUCGGCCGCGUCGUCCUCUUGGUGACCGAAGGCGACGAAGAAAAGAAGCUCGAGCGAAGUGUGUCGGCGGCCAAGUCUGUCAAUCGAUCGCUCACGAUCUUCAAAGACAAGUUCAAGUGUGUUCCAAGUGCGCGCAUGGUUCCACGUGGAAUAACUCCGCGAUUGACGGAGAGCUCCAUGACCGUGCCGGCCUUUCAAGCGGCCUUGAUUGGAGGCAUGAAGGGGGCGAAGAAGGGAGCUGUGGACUCGACGGACGAUUGGCGCUUGAACGAAGACGAAAACCACGUGCUGCAUCUCAAGCACCUGGGCCAUUUCAAGCGCCCGACGCACUUGUUUUCGCUGCUGUUGCCUCUGCCAUUGAACGACUAUUCCAAGCCGCAUCAUUUUGGCAAGUCCCGUCGGUCGAGGUGUUUGUUGCAGCUCAUGCAUCGCGUGCAAGAAAACCACCGCAUGACAAAUGCCGAGUUUGCCGACCGAUUCCGCCAGGCGCAGGUGGCGCAGCGGCCACCGCACAGCUCCAACGUGGUUGGCGACUCUUCAACUCGUCAAGGACAUGACGGGGAUGAGGAUCGGGAACGAGUUUCUGACGAGCGAAACCAAUCCUCGACGCACCAAGACAACGACAAAGGCAUAUUGGAGCAAUCGUUCCCGCUCAGCUACGAUGACGGCGUCGUCAUGAGCAUGGAGCCCGCGACAUGGCCUCCCAUAGCCCCCAACGGCAACGUUCCAGAUACCCCGACGAGGGCCAUCGGCAACGCCCCGGACAAGGCGGCCAGCGACGAUGUAAUUGAAAUUCUAUCAUCACUAGAAGACAAGUGUAGCCCUGAUGUGGAUGACAAGAACGCCAGGCGACAAGAUCGCGAGACGCCGUGCGACCACAACCCACCCAGCGCUACAGCGCCCGUCGUUUUCUCACUGUUCAGCCGCGAUCGAGCGACUGCGGACGCAUCACCUCCACCAAAACUCCCUCCAAAGUCCAAGCAGCACGGCUCCAAGGCGAAAGCGAACGGGGUCCCUUCCAUCAAGGGAAAAACAAGCCCAAAGAUGGACUUGUCGCCGCAUCCACAGUCGAAGAAUGAAGUUGGUCGGGAGCGAGACGCGGUACCGGAUGUCGCUUGCGUCUUGAUGUCGACCAGCGUGACAAAACCUCGUCAAGUGAAAUCCCCCAUGAGCUUUGCACUCAACACGUCCGUCGGGAUCAUGCAGCAAGGCGAGCAAGUCAUUGCCAUGUUGGAGCACCUGUCCGCGCUCGAAAUGAGCGCAACCACAACCCAUGACGACGGCCAACCGACCCCAACGACUCGGAUCCCGUCCUCUCCACCAACAGUGCCGUCCUUGGGGCAGCCACGUCUGCCCCUCCCACGUCUAUUCGAUGCUGCCAAGCCGUUGCCAUGCCGUCCACACAACCAGGAUACGCUUGUCGUGCCCAACGCUCCAACGAAAGCAAGUCAAGGCCCUGCGCCAGUCAGUACACGGUCGAAUCAACUCGCAUCAGCUCAGCACGAGAAUUCGUCGGAGCUGGUGGAUAGCCAUGACGCCCAAGUAUCGUUGGAUGCUCCCACCGCCAAACACGACGGCCGAGACAUCGAAUCCAACUUCACCACGAAUAGCUUGGAUUCUGAACAUGACGAGGAGUCGCCGCCACUGAAAGCUCUCCAUGCGAUCCCUGGACCGAAUGUUAUGUCAAACGGGCUGAGAAAAAGCUGUCCCGCCAAGAAGUCGCUGCAGCGCUCCUUCUCGAUGGACACCGACCAUCCGUUGACGAACCCUGUGGUCAUUUCUACGGUCAAGAGCGUUCCAGACUCGCCUGCUGCGUUGGAAACCAGAAUCAAUUUACAAGAACCACCCAAAGUAACAAAGUUGCCAAGCGGUACGCCAACGCGGGGGGUCGCGAUGGCCCCAUCCAUCAGAGCAAGUCCAGGCGCCGGGGUGCAGCCUCAUGGAGCAACAUCAGCGUCGACGAGCAACGUUAUGACUUUCUCGAAGCGCAUGCCAUCGCAUAGAAGUUUGAACGGCAUGCCUAUCGAAGACGACGCAUUUGUGUCUGCGACGGCAGCAACGCCAAGUCCUCACGGUCGACAACGCGCAAUUCAAAGUCUAGAGGCGCGGCGCCACCCUGGCACACCUUUGCAGGACGAUUGCCAAGUGUGCGGCGACGAUGAAGCGACCGACGCGGACCCGAUUCUCUUUUGCGACGGAUGCAACGUUGCCGUUCACCAACACUGCUACGGCGUGGCUGCGAUUCCCCCCCACGACUGGUUUUGUGACGCUUGCCAGGACAAGACCAAGCCGACCAAGUGUGUGCUGUGCCCCGUCCUGAAAGGUGCGCUCAAGCAGACGCUGUGCAAGCAAUGGGUGCAUGUGCAGUGUUUCCUGUGGAUUCCAGAGCUCGCCGUGCGGAUGCAACAAGGCGGAGGGAUCGGUCUCGGCUCGCUGGAAACGCUGGACGCGGAACGGUUUGCGCUCAAGUGCGAGGUGUGCCGCACCGCCCACGGGUUUGGAAUCGUGCAGUGCGCGCACCGAUCGUGUUUGAAAGCAUUUCAUGUGUCGUGUGCGUCGAGUGCCAAGUAUCAGCUGAUACAAGCGGAAGGAGUGGAGAGCGCGCAAUUCCUCGUGUACUGCCCGAUCCACAUGUCCAAGCGGGAAGCGGUCACCAGCUCGCGCAUUUUGUCGCCAAACGACGGGAUGUUUGACACGCCUGGGUCCGACCACCGGCCCCGAAAACUCCGCAAACGCCUGCGCACAGCAGGAGACAAGCGGUCGUGUCCAAGUGCCAAGCGCCGACUGAAAACGCCCACGGCAUCGAAGCAACUACUGUCGCACUACAUUGAAAUGGAAGCCGAGGCCGACGAAGACCAUUCGGCGGACGAGGACGAUGAAGAUGGGCAGGGCAUCGACAGCAGCUUCAUCGACGACGGGAGUCCGUCGCAGUUGUUGUCGCCCGAUUCGAUGCAAGCCAUCUAUCGCCGUCGAGAGUCGACGUCGCCGUCGUUGCUGCUACGACACGUGCCGACGAAUGGUGUCGUGGCGGCAUGUUUGCAAGCGAAUGGAGUCGACAUGGACUCGAGCGUCGACUUGGGUGAAGUGCUGCAUCACGGAAUUACGUGCAUGGAGUGUCAACUCAAUCCGAUUGAGGGCGUUCGAUACAAGUGCCAGCGAUGUCCGUCGUUCAAUUUGUGCAUGUGCUGCUACAGCGCACGUGAAGACUUUCACCCGCGCGACCACAUCUUUCUUGCGCUCGAGACGUCAAGCCAAACGUCGCCAAGCCCAACACAACCACCACCUCAGCGCGGAACCGCGCCGAUCCCUGCGCCACAGCAACCAACUGGCCAACUACAGCCUCCUACCCCAUCGCUCAUCCACCCACAGAGCGCAUUCAGUCCGUCGGUGCGCGACGCAGGAGCUCGCGAGGCUCGUCUUCCGGUCUUUCCUUCACCAACAACAGCCCCGGUUGCUCCGACUGCAAAACUACAUGCAACGAAUGCCGCAGAAUUAACCGCCGAUCAAGUCGAACGAAUGGAAGAGAGUCGACGAAAAGCAUUGGAGUUGAAGCGAAAACGUCUUGAAGACAGCCGUCGCAACCAGCCAACCCCUCACGUUCUGCCACCCACUUCCACGGCACGUUCAAGUGCCACAAGCAUGGCCACUCCACUCGGACCAGGCACGACGAUGCCGGAGGAAGCAAGACCAAUACAUCCCAUGCCAUCCUUGGCCCCGCCAAGAAUACCAUCGCCCGUCGAGAGUGCCGCCGAGGGGGUGGCCGACAUGCCGUCGUUCAAUCUGCUCCCAACAUUCCACUCGAACGCCAUGGCUCGAUUGCCGUACUCGAUUGCCUAUCAUCCUCGGACAAGGUCGUCGCCGCUGCUCGUGGACGUGUUUCAUCACGAUGCGUUGCCCAAAGUGGCCGAGGCGUCGCUCGAGUGCGAUCUCUUACUCAGCGCCAGGCGACCUGUUCAAAUCCUGUCGUUCACCGAGUUCACCCGCCAGCUUCACCUUUCUCAUUGUCCUGAUCUCAACAUCCUAACCGCGUUCGGCAGCUUGACGUAUUUCGUGCACUCCUCUCCACAAGCGCCACCACCACAAGAAUGCGCAGCGUACGCGGCCAAGCACGUUGGCAUGAACAUUCAGUGGAUCAAAGACCGUGGCCACACGUUACGCCAAGUGCUCGAGCUCUCGAGCCAAGAUGCAAGGGAAGGGCAUGGCUUGAGCCAGUACGACGGCGGCAUUGGAAAGGAUCCGUUCUACAUGGCCCGGUGGAAUCUGUUUCAUGCAGUACCCGACCUCCCGUUUGGCGGCCAGCAAGCCCUCACCACUCGAUUCACCAACAUGCCGGUAGACAAUCUCGUUCGCAUGAACACCCGGUUCAACCCCAUGCAUUGGAAACGCAUGCUGCCGUGGCUACCCGACUUUAUCGCGCACAGCAUCCACGACUACUUGUCGAAACUGUGA